UUGGGAAGAGGAGCCUGUGAGAGCAGAAGCACCAUGGUGAUUGGGCAGUGGGGGUUCCGUAUGCAGAUAGGGAGGAGAAGCCUGUAACAGUUAAGGUCAGUUGGAAUACAACUGUUACUGGUUGGAAGAUGUUCUUGAUUGUAGAGGAGAGGAAUCUAUACAUAUAAAUGGAUAGUAGGCAGGGGUCUGUGAAGAGAAGGGUCGUGAGGGAGGAAAGAGCCCCUUCAGGAGAAGGAGGCUGCCAUUAUGUGAAUUAGAUGAGGGAGCAAGAUCUGUUAACUCAGGAAGGGGGGGGGAGAGAGAGAUAAAAGAAGGGAGGAGAAGAAAUGCAGAGGGGAAGAGCAAAUGGAGGAGAGAGAAAGAGAGAAAAAGAAGGGCAAGGAAGAGAGAAAGAAGCAAGGGCGAGGGAUGGGCCCAAGCCUGUCAGCAGCUUGAGUGGAACGAGUGGCCAUGGUGGAGGCAGCAACGAAGGGCCCAGUCAACCACUGCUGCUGUUUGGAGCUACCGAGGCCAUUGGCAGAGGGAUGCAGGCAAGCCUGGGCCUGUCAGUGGCCUGAGGGGAAUGAGUGGCCAUGGCGGUGGUGGCAGUGAGGAAAGGCCCAGUCAACCACUGUUGCUGCUGCUCCUGUGGGGAGGAGCAGGAGCAGGGCUUGGGUGAGGAGGUCUCUGGGGAUAGGCUUCAGCAACGCUGCAGAUCAAGAGAGGUGAGGGGGAUGGAAGCAACGGGAUGGAGGGGGAUGAGCAGGAGUGCAGGUCAUGUGAGAGGUGAGAGAUGUCUGAGGUGAGGGGGACUGUGAGUGAGGGGGGCUCUGGGGUGAAGGGAGCAAUCAAGUACUAGUGCGCAGAUGUUCUGCGUGGGUUAAGCUAGUUAUAAAUAUUGUCGUUAAGUUCAGUUUGAAUAAUUUGUGGAUUGGAUUUGAAAUCCUACUUAAGGGCAAAUAUAACCAGUUAAGUUGUUGGUGUCUGACACUGAAUAAGUAGUCUCAUGACUGCUAUGCAGCUGGGGGAGGUACAGGAUCCUUCCUUCAGGCCAUUCUAUUCAGAAGCAUUAGAUGGAAGCAGUCUGUUCAGGGGUGUAGCUAGGGGAGAGGGGGCACAUAUUCAUCCCUCUCUCUGGCGGGCCCCCAGAGUGAGGGAGAUAAUGAAAAAAAUAGGGAGGGGUGGAACUGGAGGGCCCUCAGGAGCUGGGGGCCCGUGUUCUUUGAACCCUUUUGCACAAUUAUAGCUACGCCCCUGAGUCUGUUGUAUUCUAGCCAGUAUCUUUUCUGUUUUGUUGUUUAGACGUCUGUCAGAAAAGAAAAGGGAGGGAAAGGAGAAGGAGAAAAGGGAGUUGUUUCUGAACAAAUGCUUAGUUAAAUCUAUAUAAUAAGAAUACUUUGUGAUUGCGAGGGAAGCAGCUAUAAAACACAGUCUUUUUUAUCAAUCACAGCAAGUGGUGUACAACAUGUCCUGUUUUUAUAUGGCUAGGACAUAGUGAAAUUGCUAUAGGUGGUUGUUGUUAUUGUUUUGAGCCUUCUAAAGAUUUCAAAGUAUGUGCACUCUUCUAGUCUCUGAAGUUGCAUAGUUAAGGUAGUAGUGAAAGAUUUCUAGAUGUAUUAUGGCACCAGUAGUUACUAACUGAAAUGCAAUUAUCUGUGCUGGAGCCCUCUCACCAAAUGGAAGAGACACCAGGAACUUGAGGGCUGUGGUUCACCUCAUUCUUCCAACGGUGAGCCACCCAAGUCAGUGAUAAAAGAACCUGCCCCAGACACAUCUGUGUUGAGAAGACAAUGAGUCACUACCAGAAAUUUAUAUCUCAGUUAAGCAUCUCCAAAGUUGUACCUAAAAGACCACCCAGCCACUGAAGACCGUAGUGUUUUCUUCACAACUGAGUUAAGAUUUGGGGUCAAAAAUACAUCAUUUGUCAUGGUGAGUAUAAACCUAUAGUUCCUGAUCAUCCUUGAGGAGGUUGGAUAGUUCCAGCUCCCAGGACAAUACUCAGAGAUUAAAACAGUGUUAUCAGGAAUGCAGAGGUGAGUCAUCCCAGGUCUACAAAAACAGUUUACACUCAAUCCUGUAGACAUCUUACUUUUGAAACUAUUUGGACAUACUCCUGUCACAACUAUAAUAGGGCAAGGGGAGACAGUUGUCUGGGGGCCCACUGCCUUGGGGGGGUCCCAGAGGCAAGUCACAUGACUGAAUCCCCCAGCCGCGCACCCACCCAGGCUUCCUUCAGUUGUAUUCAUUCUCCGAAAUGGAUGUGAGUGUUAGGACCUGGAGCUACCAGAACCGCAUGUCUUUCUCUAGUACCAUUAAAUAACUUGCAUUGUCCACAAUUUACAAAACUUUAAAAAAAAAUUAGGAUGAUGUUCUGUUGUGGCACAUAAGUUAUAUACAUAUAUAUGUGUAUGUACAUAUAUGUGUAUGUAUUUACAUAUGUGUGUGUGUGUGUAUAAUUUUUUUUUUACUAUGAUUUUUGUUACCACUAUUCAUCCUCAUUUAAGAUUUCUUUACUUCAUGAGCUGAGCUUCAGUGUGUGUGUGGGGAGGGCAUUUUAAAAUCUUGCCUCUGGGUCCACUCCAACCUUGCUACACCCCUGGUCACACACGUUGAAAGGAGAUGGACAGAGAUCCACGUACAUUUGCAAUCCCCAUCAAUGCAGAUGGAAAUAAUGACAACAACGGGAAGAGAAAUUCCUUUCCUCAGAACUGUAAAAUGUAUCGUUAGGUUGCAAUUUUUACACAUGAAACCCACGUGCAUCAUAUGCAUCACAGAAACAUGUGCUAUAGAGCCAUGGUUGGCUAUGAAUCUUCACAUGUGUUUCUGCAGCUUGCUAAAGGGAGGGAAAAGAAACUUUAGAGGAGUUUGCAAAGAUUAGGUGUUCUCAUGCGCAGCCUAAUCUGGGCUAGGGACACCCAGCCUGGGUUAGGCUGGGUGUAAAAACUGCCAGUAGGCCAGUGCCACCUAACCCGGCUUUUAAGCCCAGUUAACCAAGGCUAAGGGAGCAAGCACUGCAUGGAGCAGGGCUGAUCAUGUGGGAGCAUGGAACAUAGGAACAUAAGAACAUAGGAAGCUGCCAUAUACUGAGUCAGACCAUUGGGCUAUCUAGCUCAGUAUUGUCUUCACAGACUGGCAGCGGCUUCUCCAAGGUUGCAGGCAGAAAUCUCUCUCAGCCCUAUCUUGGAGAAGCCAGGGAGGGAACUUGAAACCUUCUGCUCUUCCCAGAGCGGCUUCAUCCCCUGAGGGGAAUAUCUUGCAGUGCUCACACUUCUAGUCUCCCAUUCAUAUGCAACCAGGGUAGACCCUGCCUAGCUAAGGGGACAAGUCAUGCUUGCUACCACAAGACCAGCUCUCCUCUCCUGCAUGCUCCCAUCGAGCAACAGCGGAUUGUUUUGGGGAAAGGCAAGGUUUGGGAAGCAUUCUGCCCUCCUGCCCGCCCAGUAGGUUGUAUGAAUGGCCCCAGGUGUGAAGCACUUUUGAACAUUCUGAAAUGCUAUAUGCAUGCUAAGUAUUAUUUAUUUAUUUACUACAUUUAUAUACCUCUCCACACAAAAAAAGUCCCUGGGCAGUUCACAAUAUAAGAUUAUCUUAAUCUUCCCAAAAAACAGUGGCCAGAAUCCUGAUUAACUCUGUGUGCACACAGCCUAAGGAAGCACAUAUGCGGUGGAUGCUCUUGCUUCAACAAUGUGGGUGCUUGUGUGUGUGUGUGUGUGUGUGUGUGUGUGUGAUUUUUGCCAAUCUUCCUUUCCCUUAGAAGUGCUCAGUGCGACCCAUAAAUAUGUCCCCGAGGGCUGCGCGCCUCUCCAUGCAUGAGUGCUUCUUUUGGCUGCACGUGUACAGUGUUAGUUGGGAUGUUGGCCACUGAUUUUCUUUCUGUUUUAUAACUGCUUCUCUUGUAAACACACAAUGAUCUUAUGUGGAUUUAACUAAGACUUUAAUCCAGAAACAGCUCCAUUUUCUCCUUCCCCCACCCUUCCCUUUUAUUUCUGAUUCCAUCCCCCACACUCUCUACAGGAUCCCCACAGGGACAAAUUUCGAAACAACAAAACGCAAAGAUUACUAGAUAAAAUACAACACUAAUCUUCAAGGAACUCUUUCCAUAUUAACUCAUCUGCUGCAGGAGGAGCCCUGCACUGAGUAUCCCUUGGCUGUUCCAGACAUUUGGGCUCGGACAAAUCAUUCACCCUCAGAAAAUUCCUUUAAUCAAUCAAACCCCUUUUGUGAAAUGAGUCAUAUCAAGAUACUUGCGAAAACUUUCCUGCCAAUAUUUUUCUGGAUUCUCUUCUUUGUGGGAGCAAUAGGGAAUGCCUUAGUUAUCCUAGUCUACUGGAGAUACAGGGGCAAGAAGAGCCCGACUGACACAUACCUGAUUCAUUUAGCUAUUGCUGACCUGCUCUUCAUUUUCACUCUUCCUUUCUGGGCAGCAGCAGCUUGGGAUGGCUGGAACUUUAAAACCGUGAUGUGUAAAAUUGUCAAUAGCAUGUAUAAGACCAAUUUUUAUAGUUGCAUGUUGUUCCUAAUGUGCGUCAGUUUUGACAGAUAUGUUGUUGUCGUCUGGCCAAUGCAGGCUCAGAAUUCAAAACUAAAAAGGCUCAUGCGACAUAAAUUAAUUUGCUUUGGGGUAUGGGUGAUUGCGGUUGCUCUCUGCAUCCCAGAAGUCAUGUACAGUCAAACGGAACAAAUUGGUAAUACUACUGUUUGCCGAAUGAUUUAUCCACCCAGUGUUAGCAGAACCCUCAGAAUUAUUGACCUGUCCAUGAAAAUUGCUAUAGGAUUCCUCUUUCCACUUCUUGUCAUGGUGGUUUGUUACGCCCGUGUAGCACAUACUCUUCUUCAAGCCCGAAAAACUCCAAAGCACAAAUCACUGAAGAUGAUCAUUAUUAUUAUUUUAGUCUUUGUCCUCUCACAGUUUCCUUACAAUAGCAUUUUGCUGGUGAAAACCAUGGUUCUGUAUGCCCCUGCCAUAAAGGACUGCAAAAUGUUGGAAAAUAUUGCUACUGGAUUCCAGCUUACUCAAAGCAUUGCUUUUCUUCAUAGCUGCCUGAACCCUUUUCUCUAUGUUUUUGCUGGGGAGAGAUUCCGUAAAGCUCUCUUUCAGAUGAUGAAAUGCAUGACCCAAGGCCCCAUGAAAAGCCCUGAACAAUGCAAUUCAGCUGAUGCUAGCCAAGGACAAAACUCCCGACGUUCUAGUGCAUUGUUUGGGCGAUCAAAACUGGGAACCUCUUUAGCUCUGAGCUCUCCUUAGAAUUAUUCAUUAUAGCUACUAAAUUAUUAUGGAGACUUCUUUUGACAAUACGCAGCAUAUUGUCUCUUAGAUUCUAAUGCCAUGAGAGACAGAUAGCAAGCAGGUUGCCUGAAGAGUGAUCCCAAGCAGUGGUGUACACAUUUGACAACCAUCUUAGCAGUUACCAAUAUUUUAAUUAUCAGAGUCAAUCAAUCAAUCAAUUUAUUUGUUCAGCCAUAACAAAAACAUCUGACUCAAGAACUGGGUAAUUAAAACAAUGACAUAAACAAUUACGGGACCCUCCAAAAUGCAAAGAUUGACUUAGAACAAUUCAGAAGUAGCUGGCCCUGUACAGAACAUCUGCGUGCUAGGACUUUAUUGCGCUCCUUAAAGUCCUGUCACAGCCCCUGCUUUAUUGCUCGGUGUCAACCACCCCCUCCCCUCCCCACUCGCAACCACCCCUCCCUUCCCCUACUUUCAGACACCCCACUCACAGCCACCCCUACCCCACUCUCAGCCACCCCACUCACAGCCACCAUCCCUCCACACCCCUACUUGCAGCCUCCCCCCUGCCAUAGCUGAAUUGAUCUGAAUUGUUCUCCCUGCAUCUGCUGUUUCCCCCAGGAGGAAAGCUCUGACUGAACUUUAGGUAAACAGAGUCCUUUGUAAAUGGUAAGGGUCCCACCAACCAAUCUUUCUGACUCACCUUGUAAGAAAUAUGCCUCUUCAAUAUAGUUGGCGUGUAUAGUUGUUCUCUAAGGUGGUACGCCAGAUGCUCAUAGAAAUGCUAAUCAAAUGUCAUGGUAGCAUAGUUUCUCAUCAGAAAUACAGGGCUAGUUUUCUCUGUUUCACUCAGGGCAUUCAUAAUUCAGAUCGCGGAAGUAUUCCCAUAUAGUUAAAAGCUGUAAAAACAGCCUACUAAGAUUGUCCCCACCAUAUGAAUUGCUCUUAACCUUUGGGUAAAAACUUAAGCAGUGUCAUUCUUUAUGAAAAGAUUCUUGUGAGGGAUAAAGUGAGAUUCAUUUUAAGAAAAGAACACUGACUUUUGUGAAUCACGUUCAUUAUUACUGCUUCUUGUUCAGAGCUCUGAAGCUUGAAAGCAAUUCUGAAGCAAAUCUACAUUUCCUCAUAGACUGGUUACAAUCAAUUCCUAUGCGUCAUUAUAUAUAUGAGCAUUUUGUGGCAUUCCUGAUUACACACACAGAGCCAAUGCAUGUACAAAGAGUAUACAUAUAAGCUCUCUGUGUGCAGAGUCAGUCUACUCAUUGAGGAGGGGAAGGGGAACAUGAAUCUGCUCUUCCCUCCACAUAUUUAUAUAUAUACUUUUUGAAGUUCUGCAAAGGGCUGUUGUCUUUAAUAAAAGUAUAGCAGGAAAACCAAGAAAAGUUUUCUGGGGACAAAUCUUUCCUUCACUUAUCCCAGAUUUGAAUACUUAGGUCUAUGUGAUGGGAUGCAUCAACCAAUUAUAAGCUCUUUGGGAUUUCUUCAUGUAUAGGAUUCUUUCUAAUGGCAUCAGUUCAUUAUUUAUUUUGACCCAGAUUAUUGAACUGUCCUGCAAAAUCCAUGUGCAUAGAUUCCUAAAAAGCAUAACAGAAUAACACAGCAGGUGCCAAACACUCCUUUCAUGUUCUUCUAUAUAAUGUUUGUACAUUAAUCCUGGGUUUUUUAAAAGUAAAAUUAAAAUUAAGAAGGGUUUUUUUUUUUUUUUUGUUUUUUUGCCAUUUUACUAAUU